UCGCCUGUCUAGUUGCUGAGUUCCUGAAGCGUGCUGCGUCGGCAACGGUAGUGACGCGCAUUGCCGGGAGAAUGGCGGACUCCGGCGUGCGCCGCGUGAUUCCUAGCGACCUGUAUCCCUUAGUGCUCGGCUUUUUGCGUGAUAACCAACUCUCGGAGGUGGCAAAUAAGUUCGCCAAAGCUACAGGCGCUACGCAGCAGGAUGCCAAUGCCUCUUCCCUCUUGGACAUCUAUAGCUUCUGGCUGAACAGGUCAACCAAGGCCCCAAAGCGGAAGUUACAGACAAAUGGACCAGUGACUAAGAAGGCUAAGAAGAAGAGCUCAUCCAGUGACAGUAGUGAGGACAGCAGUGAGGAGGAAGAGAAGAAAGUUCAAGGGCCUCCAGCUAAGAGGGCUGCUGUACCUGGCAGGAGGGCCAGUCUGCCUCAGCAUCCUGGAAAGACUGUGGCCAAAGCUUCAGAGAGCAGCAGCAGUGAAGAAUCCAGUGAUGAUGAGGAGGAGGAAGAAGAGGAGAAUAAAAGAAAAAGGCUUCCCAGGUUUAAGGGAGUUAAACCCCAAGCCAAGGCAGCCAGAGCUCCUCCUAAGAAGGCCAACAGCUCUGAGUCUGAUUCUGAUUCAAGCUCAGAGGAUGAGGCACCGAAGAACCAGAAGCCAAAGACAACACCUAUGGCAGUGAAAGCUCAGGCAAAAGCCCCAGCCAAACCAGGUGUACCAGCUCGAGCAGCACCUAAAGUAACCAAUGGCAAAGCAGCUAGCAGUAGCAGCAGCAGCAGCAGUAGCAGUGAUGACUCAGAAGAGGAGAAGGCAGCAACCAUCACCAAGAAGGCUGUACUUAAAAAGCAAGUUGUAGCAAAAGUCCCAGUGAGAGCAGCUGUCACCCCUACACAAAAGAGCUCUAGCAGUGAAGACUCCUCCAGUGAGGAGGAAGAGGAGCAGAAAAAACCCAUAAAGAAAAAACCAGGUCCCUACAGUUCAGUCCCUCCACCUUCUGCUCCACCACUGAAGAAAUCCCUGGGAACCCAACCUCCCAAGAAAGCUGUGGAGAUGGUACAGCCUGUGGAAAGCAGUGAAGACAGUAGCGAUGAGUCUGAUUCAAGUUCUGAAGAAGAGAAGAAACCCCCAGCUAAGGCAGUCAUCUCCAAAGCUACCACAAAACCAGACCCAGCAAAGAAGGCAGAAGAGAGCUCUUCAGACAGCUCUGACACUGACAGCUCUGAGGAUGAAGCUCCUGCCAAGCAAGCUAGUUGCACCAAGAAUUCCAUAAGUAAGCCAGCUGCCACUCCCAAGCCACCUGUGGCUAAGUCAGCCAUAAAUACUAAGCAACCUGCAUGCAGUGGCCAGAAGCCUCUGACUAGAAAGGCUGAUAGUAGCUCCAGUGAGGAGGAAAGCAGUUCCAGUGAGGAGGACAAGAAAAAGAAGACUGUGGCCACCCCUAAGUCCAAGGUGACUGCCAAAACAGCACCAUCUCUCCUUGCCAAACAGGCUCCUCAGAGUGGUGGGGACAGCAGCUCUGAUUCAGACAGUUCUAGCAGUGAGGAGGAAGAGGAGAAGACAUCCAAAUCCCCAGUUAAGAAGAAGCCCCAGAAAGCAGCAGGGGCCGUAGCCCCUUCUAAAACAGCCUCUGUAAAGAAGGUAAAGGCCGAGGGUAGCAGCAGCUCCUCCUCUGAUGAUUCCAGUGAGGAGGAGGAGGAGGGGAAAAAACCCAAGAGCAAGGGCACUCCAAAACCACAUGCCCUCAAGGCCAAUGGCACCUCAGCAUUGACUGCCCAGAAUGGAAAAGCAGGCAAGGACAGUGAGGAAGAAGAGGAGGAAGAGAAGAAAAAGGGUGAAGUGGCAGUUUCCAAGCAAGGUUCAGGAAAGAAACGGAAGCAGAAUGAGGCAGCAACUCCUCAAGCAAAGAAGAUUAAGCUUCAAACUCCUAACACAUUUCCAAAAAGGAAGAAAGGAGAAAAAAGGGCAUCUUCCCCAUUCCGAAGGGUCAGAGAGGAGGAAAUUGAAGUGGAUUCACGAGUGGCAGACAACUCCUUUGAUGCCAAGCGAGGAGCAGCUGGAGACUGGGGGGAGCGAGCCAAUCAGGUUCUGAAGUUCACCAAAGGCAAAUCCUUCCGGCAUGAGAAAACCAAGAAGAAACGGGGCAGCUACCGGGGAGGCUCUAUCUCUGUCCAGGUCAAUUCUGUCAAGUUUGACAGUGAGUGACCUGGGGCUACCCUUGGCAAAACAAGGGCGAUGAUGGGAGGCCACUCAUCUCCAAUGGACCUGGAAACCCUCAGCACUGUUAGGGCAGGGUUUUGGUGAGGACAGAAGUUUAGAGUAGGUCCUAAGACAUUGCAACAAAAUGUCCUCUCUGGUCCUUUUCUUUGUUUCUAGUUUUGUACAGAUUUGUUUUUGAGUGUUGAGUAUCAGGGACAAUGCAAGAGGAAUGUUGUUUUUUUUAAGAAAAUCAUUUUAGUUGUUCCUGUCUUCCUGUUCUGUGGAAGUCCUCAUACUGAGAAAUUUGUACAUUUUAUAUUAAAUCAUUUCUUAUUGAUUUUUGUUGUGAUUUUCAGAGGUGAUUUCCCACAGGUAAAAUCUUAAUUAUUGCUCAAGACAUGGUAAAGGGUCACAUAAAUUUUUAUAAUUGAAGGCUUCUGCCCAUGUAAGUGCACAUGGCCACAUUCAUCCCCACUUCUCGUGGAGCCUUGGUAAGGGACAUCGAAAGAAUGGUUAAUGUGUAUGUAUGUUUGUUAAGCAUGCAUUAGAGUUCAUCCUCAUUCAUUGUGUCUUGAGACUGAAGCUUUGAACCAGCAUGGACCUAACCAACUUUUUGGGAUAAAAUUCACUGUUCUGUUAUAGGCAAAAUUCUAGUUAGUGUGGUGUGAAUGCCAUGGGUCAAUUUAAAAUAUUAUGUUUUCUGUAAUUUUGUCAUUAUUACAUAAUGUUUGCAAUACAUAUAGUUUUAAUUUGAAAGCAAACUUUUGUAUGGUUGGAAGUAUUUUUCAACAACUUGACCCUUACUAGUGUUGUGCAAAGUGGAAGACUACAUCUUCUCCUGUUUUUACAUAGUUGAGAACAAAAUCACAUUAAUUUUAUGUGAAAAGUACAUUUUACUUGGUAUUUCUGCCUUGGUAGCAGUGGUGACCCAGAAUUGGUUUUACUAAUUUCUACAUGGUUGGGAAUUACUUACUGAUCAAGAAUAUAAUUCUUAUAAGAAAAAACAACUGUGAUUAAAAACCUCAGUCCUCAGUACAACUAGGUUACAUUAGGUGAAUCCAGAGGUAACUUUCAUUUGUGUGCUCACAGGUAGAAAAGAACCUUUGCAAAACAGAUGAUCUGAUAAAAUUUAAGUAGAGUGGGAUUGGGAGAGCAUCCUAAUAGGAUUAUUGUGUCUUCAGGUUGGUACAUGGGAGCAAGUUUCUGUUCAGAAACUUAACACUGAGUUAAUUUAAAAAAACCAGUGAGCAGAGCUUGGGGUGUACCUCAGUGGUAUAGCACUUGCCUAGCAUGUGUGAGGUCCUGAGUUCAAUCCCCAGCACUAUGAAAAAUAACUAGUGAACAGAGACAUGAUUCCUAGACGAAGAAAGCUGAUUGUAAGACUGUCUGAGGUGACCUUUGGGGAUACUCAGCCAGAGAAUGAGGAGGAGAGAAUCAUUGAGCUUUCUGGAGUCUGGGCUGCCCCUUUGAGAACAUGUGCCCCAAGCUUUCACUGAUGCAGUUUAGGUCUUAAGAGUAGCCUUCCCUUGUUUGAAUUCCAUACUCACUAAAUAACCUAAUAAAAUCUGGUUUUUAGGAUAACUGCUCUAAGAAAAAAUGCACUGAUCAUGCUGACAUAGGUAUUUCAGUCUGCAUGGCAAAAGUUCUACAUCUUACUACAAUAUAAUAAACUAACUGGUUUAUAAUGUG